CACAGGACGACCCAUUGAGAAUUACGAUCGAUUUGCUUGAUUUCUGUCGAAUUCCCAAAGCAGGUCACAUUACUGAUUACAGGAAAGCAGAAAGUACAAGUGUAGAGUACGACCUGCAACGUUGUGUUACUCCACUCAGUUUCUUAUUGUUUCGCUUUGUUGCAUUUCAUUAUGACAUGAAAUUAAUUUAUUGCGGCGUUCUUUUUCUUAAAAGGUUUUAGUGCAAAGCAGCAAAAAACGUCAAAGAAAAAGAAAUCAAUACAGCAUUAUAGAGGAUUAAGCGACAACCAUAUGGAAAAAAAGAGUUCCUAUCCUAAAAUGACCCGUCAAAAUGACCGGCAAGAUGAGAGUUUGACUGGUCAAGUCCGCGAUCAGGCCGGACAUUGUCCGCUGACCGGCCGUUAUUUUCAGCUCUGAGUACCUUAACUCCUCCCCCCUUUUCAGGUGAAGAAAUUUAUUAAGCCCCCCUCCCUUUCCCAUCCACCUUAAUUCUUUAUAACUGUAACACUUCAUGUGGAAUGAUCCAGUAUCUAUAUGCUGUAAUAACAAGGUGACCGUAUUAGUGAGGGUUUCUGUACAAGAAAAUAAAUGGUUGUUUUUGUUGGGCGGCCAAAAAAGUGGCUUUAAUAACAAGGUGACCGUAUUACUGGUGGCUGUAAGGCAGGGUUCCACUCUACAAGCACCAGAAUGCUGCAGAACUAUUUUGUUUCUUCAUGCAAGUAAGGAUUACUGCACAGGCAGCCCAAGCUCGGUGCAUAAAGAAAAUCACUGCGACUUUCAACACUGUUUUGCAUAUUAUGAACUAUUUUUAGACUUUGUAUGAGAAAUUCGACAUAAAUAUUCAACAGAAAUAUGGGCAUAAAUAUAGCAAUAAAUUGUAGUUAGGUAAACUUGCGCAUAUUGUUGUUUUUUUCUGUGUGACCUGGGCUCAAUUCAUCGCAUUUUACAUGGUUUUGUGGCUUGUUGUUUGUUCGGUGUUGUUUUCCUACAUAAAAAAAGUAAUGCAGGUGACUAUGUGUAGCGUGAACUCUCAAAUCUCCAUGGCGUCAAAGAACCGCGCUAAUUCACCAUGAAAUGGCAAAUCUUCAAGGCCAGGUGAGGGCAGAACUAAGUGAACCAAAAUUACUCUUAAGUAUACAUAAGCUAUCUAUUUGUCAUUGUGUGUCAGUGAAUGCCCAACAAGCAAGAAACAGUCACAUCAGGACAGGCUUAACAUACAGAUAUUUUGUGUAUAACAUACAAUGAGAAGUACAACUACUAAUGUUUGCUGUUGAAACAAGAGUCUGAAGUUUUAACAAUAUUUCUCUGAUUUCCCGCUUUAGCGGCAAAAAUGACACAAUUAAUCAUGUUAAUUAUUAACAGUAAAUAAAAAUUAAUGCUGUGUAUCAUCAUCCUUCAUUGUCUUUCAGCCCAAAACAAGAUGUGUUUGCAGCAGGAGGUUAGUGGCAGUGUUUAUAUCAACUUAAUGGAGUAAAAUAAUUAUGUGGGCACUAACUUGUUGUGCAUUAAUAUGGAAAAUAACAAUGUUUACUGAAUAUCAGUUAUAAUAGUGCUCAUUAUGAAGGGAACACUUUUGACUUUGUUUAGGUCCACAGGGCUCAAUAAAACUUUUCCAAAUGGACACACUACUCUACUGUGGAGAUUUCCAAGGUAAAUGAAUGUUAUGAGACAAAAAAGGCUUGUCAGAAAAUGACUUUUUUCAACAGUUAAUGUUAUGUACAAAAAUUAACUUCUUGCACAACAGAGAAUCACCAACAGAUCAAGCCAAUGUACCAGAUUAAUACAAAAUAGAUAAUAUUACUUGUUCGAGUUUCUGAUGUUAGUAGAUAGAUUGCAUGUAUUGUAUGAAGUCAUUUUACUACUUUGUUGGAUCAGUUUACUUUUCUUUCCAAUUGGGCAACAUAUUUUUUAAUUUUGCACAUAAUGUAAUAUACAAGGUUUAGAAAGAGUAUCAUUAAAAUAAAACAUGUAGAAGGAGUGGUGCAUUCAAGUGGGAAAUACUUUGUGGAAGAGCACUUAGCCUUUUCAGCUAGUUUACAGGCACUCCCACACUCAAAUAAUAAGAAACAAGUAAAUUAAGUAGAAAAUAACAGGAUUAAAAACCCCAAGCAGAAGGCAACCAGUUAGUUAAUUACAAGCAUGACAGAGAAGUUGAACGAACAUGGAGUGAUGGAGAAACAAAUCCAACUAGCAGUCAAAACGGGACUCAAAUCCUCCAACUCCUGCUUGUGAGUCCAACGUGGUGACCACUGUUAAGUGUUCGAUGAUACCGAAUAAAUGAUUGUGUGCUUGAUCACUGUCUUCAAGUGUUUACACAACUGCAAAACCAACAAAAUAUUUCAGUUUGCUGACCAUGUGCUUAUCACAUAGGAUACUUAAAUUGCAUUAAUAGAAACUUGUAGAUCUUUAGUUAGGAAAUGUGAAAAGGAAGCCUUAUGAAGCUGUAGAGUUUGCACGCAUAUGUUUAGGUUUCUUCAAAUUCAGUUGUAGCUAUUAAGUUACAAAUUCAUAUUUUUAGACUCAGUGCAAGUGAAUAUGAAAAAAAAUAGUACUUUGUCCAUUAAUCAUGGCUGAAUCAUAAGGUUAGACUGUUCACCAUCCCCUAUUUUUUCGUGAGAUCGUUUAGAUAUAGCGCGUCUUACCGUCACAGCUACAUCUUGAUUUUCAAAUGUACCGAGGGGGCGGGCGUCGGGGAUUAUAGCUCUGGUGGGGGGGGGGCAAGAAAAAUAGAGGGACUGUAAUAACAACACUGCAGCUCGCGUUCAAGGAGCGCGUUGUACCAGCAACGCAGGCAUUUGAUUAGUCAUUAGACAAUAGAUGUUUAUUUGCGUUGACAACGAUACUGACAAGUCGUUGACAAGUCGAUAUUUCCAUAAAACGUAUGCUUUCAUACCAUAAGGCACAUCUUGCGCAAACACACGAAGGAUUUUUGGUAUUUUGAUUAGAAAAAUGUUUUCUUGUGUGUGUUUGCCGAUUUUAUUUCGAGGAAUGGGCCUAGAAACAUUAUAAAAUCACUGUUUCGAAAGGAGAUAUUUGUAACACGUGUAAUCGAUGCUAAAUGUGUCUGCCAUGUUUUUCAUCACUAGCGGAGUUUCUUAAUUAAUGAAUGGUAAAAGGCGUGAAAUUCCUGUCACGCCUCCUGAACACGAGCUGCAGUGAUGUUAUUACAGUCCCUCUAUUUUUCUCGCUUCCUCCCAACCCGCCCCCGCCCCCUAAGUAGUUUUGACACUCAUCUAAGAUGGCAGCCCGGAAUGCAAAGCGCUCGAUCUCGAUGAUCUUACGGAAAAAUAGGGGACUGAACAGUCUAUCAUAAGGUUUGCUUAAGGUUUUUGAAAGAAAAAGGGAAUGCAAUCUCAAAUAAAAUUCCAGUAGUCUUAUAAUAUAUUCUAAAAUAUUAUACAGACUCAGAGCAAGUGAUUGGUUGAAGAGACUUUCAUUGUUUAUUUUUCACAGCUCAUAAUGGAAGGAUAACAGGUUUGAACUUUUGUCGAAUGAACCAGCAUUGCUUCUGGACAACAUCCUCUGAUACAGCGGUCAGGUACAAAAUAUUUCUUAGUCAGAAUGGUGACAUUGUUUUCAAGUUAAAGUUUUCAACACUUACUGUGAAACUCACAAAACUGUGAACACCAGAAAUAUUUAUGGAAUGUCAUUGUGUUGCAAGAAAUAAACCAAUAAGGCACGAGAUGACGAAACCGCAAACAGCAACGGUAAUUAGUUCGUGGUUUUGAGGUUUGCUCGUGUGUCCUAAACUUUAUUGUGAUGGGCCAGUAAACAAUCAACAUUCCUAAAAUUUUUCAGGUGUUCACGGUUUUUUGAGUUUGACAGUAACAAUCUUACAUUAUAUUAAAAGUAAUGUCCAUUUGAUUAUUUCAUUUAUAAAUUAGCAUUUCAUUAUGAGUGUCACUCAUUAGAAUACUUGAAUCAAAUGUUGCCAUAAAAAAAAACCAAUACACAAGCUGGAAAUAUUUAACAAGUGUUGCAGUAAUCUUUCAAGUAGAUUUUAAUAUAGUGACCCUUUUUAAUAUCUUUUUAGUUUCUGGGACACGAGGGAAGGAUACAGGACACCAGUGUACAGAAUUCUGAGUAAGUUGUCAGACCAUCUUCCUUCUAAAGAGCAGGUCAAUUCUAUUGAAUUGAUAAUCACUUCUUUAACUUUUGUGAUGAUGAUUCAGCUGGUUGUUUGUGACGGAGGUAGAAACAUCCCUGUAAUUCACUCUUCCUUAAGUCCUUUUGAUGAAAAUAAUAAGCACUGCAGGCACUAAAUUGGAUCUUUACAGCUGCAAUGUAAUUGUGCUAAUAGACAAAUUAAUCAGAGUAGCUUUUGAAAAUUUAAUGAUGCUCGACAAAUGUAAAAAAUUUAAAAUCAUUCAUUUUAAGGGAGCAAGGGAUGGCACAGAGGUGAGAGAAUUUGCCUCCCACUAAUGUGGCCCAGGUUCAAAUCCCAGCAUUGAUUCCAUAUUAUAUGCGUUGAGUUUAUUGUUGGUUCUCUUCCUUACUCCGAGAGGUUUAUCUCCAGGUACUCUGGUAUUCCUCUCUCCUCAAAAAGCAACAUUUCCAAAUUCCAAUUUGACCAGGAAUUGUAUAUGAAGUACCAUUAUGUGGAUGUGCCAUCUCUAAAUCGUUAUUUAUUUACUUGCUGAUAUAUUUGCUCACAUUGUUCCAGGUCCAAACAAUUGUCCCUUUUCUGCUUGUGGUUUAAACUGUUCUGAUGAGAUCAUAGCAGCUGCUACAGACCCAUAUGGUGAAGAUGUUUGCCUGUACCUUUGGUAAGAUUUCUUGUCUCAAAGGUAUUGCCGUUUCCCAUACACUCUCCUGAAUCUCUGCAAAUGGACACUUCUGCUUAACCCCAGAGAUGCCAAAGGUAAUACCAACACCUGAAACUUGGGUGUGUCCCUUUGGUGAUCAUAAAAGGACAUUCGGUUUUAGAUAGCAAUGUCAUUAUUUUCAUUAUUUAUGUAUAGAAUACAUAAGCUCUGAGUUACUAUUUUGUAGGGAUACAAGGAAACUAGGCAAUAAGAUGCUGCAGAGUUAUAUGGAGGUAUUUACAGACUCCCAUAAUGGUGAAAUAACACAGGUAAUAUAAUAACUGUACAAUGAAAGUACAUUGUACAUUUAUACUGCCAUUUUACCAUGUGCACAUGGUUAAUAGAAGUGGAUCCAUUCCUCGGUGUCUAGGUGUCACUUAAGAUUGUCUAGGUGUAACUUAAGAUGUUCAGGGGAUCUAUAUUUAUGAAGGAUAGUAUUUACCCAACUUAUGAAGUUACUCCUAGGUUCAACCUUUCACAGUAUCGUUGUAAUGUUACUUUUUUAAGCAUGUGUUUCUACUUAGUAAGGGACAUUUCUUCUUCUGGUGUAUCUUCUAAGUUGGACUUUAUUGAGAGAGCAAAAGUACAGAAGCUAAGGCACCAAGAAAACCUGUACUGGAUCAACACCCGUCAGUCGUUAAAUGACCAAUUAAUAAUUAGUUCAUGAGUCAGCAUGCGUAUGUUGAGAUAUUGAGCAUGUGGUAAGUUUGGAGAGCACGAAAAAGGUGUAAUAAUAAUAAUAAUAAUAAUCAGUUUAUUAAACUCUUUGGUAGUGUAUAACACUAAAUUACAAGGGAGGUCAAGAAUACGCAGAACACAUAAUUACACAUGGCAAGAAGGCAAAAACAAUUUUUAAAUCCUAUUGUAACUGUGGGUAACAAAAUUACUAAGGCGGUCCAUUCUCACAAAGCGGAAUUCAGAACGGGAAAAACCCGACCUCAACCAGUCCGUACCCAUGAGCGACAUUCGUGGGCUGCGGCAGCAGGUGUGAAAGGAACCCGGACUCCUUGAUGUUAGAUAUAAAAUGCCUGCAAGCCUCAUCAUGGCGCGACAACAGUGUAGGCAAGCCACAGCGCACGAGUGCCAACUCAUAAGAGCAAUCUGGAAAAAUGAUUCCUAGUGCAGACUUCUGCACGCUUUCCACCAAUUGAACCAGACAGUUGGGUAACGCUGCCCACACCGGAGAUGCAUAUUCUAAAAUGGGCCGCACAAGGCUACAAUAAACCUGAGAGAGACCUGAGAUCAUCUGGUGGGAGGCCUGAUUUCAUUAAGACACGCAAAACGUAGAGACCCUUGCAUGCUCUCUUCACAGUAUAGUCGCAGUGAAUAGACCACGAUAAAUUGUGCAACAGAUGGACAUCGAGCAACUUAUAAGAUGACACCUGCUCUAUAAUACUGUCCGACAUCUGUAAGGGAGGUAGGUCGGAGGGCUUAUACUGUAAGAAAUCUAUGAGUAACUCUUUACAUUUGGAUGGAUUUAGCUUCAUACCAUGACUACUAGCAUGAGAACAAAUAUCCCUAGCUACAAAGGGCAGCAUGCUGGUUGAACAUCUAGGAAUAAUCUCUAAGACUGAGAGAUUGUCCACAUACUUAACUCUAGUUAAGUAAGAGUUGCUCGAAGUGUAGCCGAGAGCAACUCUAGCCUCUUGAGUGCUCUCCAAACUUGCUCAAUAUCUCAACAUAUGCAUGCACAGCUGAAGCAUGAACUAAUUGUUAUAUAACAUUGUCAAAGCGAUCAAUGCAGAAGUUAACUUAAAUUUUUAUUAUUGUAGCGCAUGCUCAAACCAGCAUGCUUCAGUGUCUACAUGAUAUAUUUUUUUACCUCACAGUUAUGUUUUUGUUAUGAAAUUGAGAGAAAGUUUACUAAAGUUGCUUAGGAUAACAUUCAAAAAGAUCGUAAAAUCCAUGUUGAGUUGCUGGAAAACUAUUAAUUGACCGAAAAAUUCUUUUUGAAAGAAAUAGCUUUGCAAAGAAUGAUUGCACACGCCAUGCAGAUGACAAGAGCAACAACUACAACACUCACCUCUUUUCCCUACUAUUGGUUUACAAAUUCAAAAGUUUUCUCUUGAAUGUACAUUAUAAAACACAUGGUUAAUGCUUUAUUGUGUACUGUUGAGUUAUGGAUGCACUUGGGAGACGUCUUGGGACGAUUGCUAAGGUCACAAGAAGUCGAGGUAUAGUUUAUUGACAUCAUCAGCGUGCUCAAUGGGAAUAUGAAGCAUGCUCUCGCUAUUGAAUUUGAUUAGGCGAAUAUUCUAGCUACGUUAUAAAGAUUAGGAAUUCAACUGUGAGUCCCUCACAGCACUGAGAACUGGCACCCAUUACACUAUUUUUUUUUUUGCAAUAUAUAACAACAUCAAAAUACAAGAAUACAGACCAAUGCACUACUAGAAAAAAGAAAAGGAAGGAAAAAACUAAAUUAUUUACAUCACAGUAAUUAUUAUUAUACUAAUCUUCAUAAAAUAAUAUUUGUUACAACUGGUGUUACAAGUCUAAUUGAAUUUUUAACAACAGUUUUAUUUGUGAGGAGAUUAUUAUUUUAAUAUAAGCGAUAAUAAUAACAUCAAGCUAUUUUUUUUUUAAUUUUCCAUUAUGCUCUUAGAUUAUUUAUAAAUUAAAGAGUAUCUCAUUAAUCUUAUGACUAAAAUACUUUAUAUUAAUAAUAAACAGGAGGAGUAGAUUUAGUUGGAGUCUGAGGUUAACAUUAAUUUUAUAGGACAUUAAUUUUAUAGGACCUGUGGUUUUGCAACCCAUUACAGUAACACUGAUAUCAUGUGGAACAGGGGGAGGGAAACACUUUUAUUGCCAAGUGCUAACAUGCUCAAAAACUCUUGCUGUCUUUGCUAAAUGUCUGUCAGUCUGAGAACACAUGGAAUCCUGGUGCCUGUACUGAUGUUAUUUUUAAGGUUCAAUUUUAUCUAUGGUUUAAAUUUUAUUUUCUUUUGUUUUGGGGUGUGAUAAUGCAUGAUAAUGAGUUUGAAACAAAGAAAAAUAAACUUUUAACUAAGGGUAAAAUUGAACCACAACAUUAUUCUUGAUGUUCAUGAGAAAAUAUUGAUUACAAAUUUAACUUGAUUCUGAGGCUGUCACAUUUUUGACAUGGAAAAUUGUAUACAGUGUAUGUCAAUUCAAGAUGAAGAAGUGUUGUAAAUAAAGAAAAAAAAAUGUAACAACUUAUUAAUAAUAUUACAAUAAUAUUACUAACAGAUUCAUGAAAUUCAACACUGACCCCACCAUUUCAAGCCCCCGUUAGUUCAAACCGACUGAUUUUUUCAAAAAAAUUAAUUCUAAUUAUUGACAUUUUGAUUGAAAAUAAAUGAUUAAAUUACCCAUCCUGGUUAUCUUUAGAUUCAGUUUAGUCCAUUACAGACCCACCAAAUGGCUUCUGGUUCAACUGUAAGUAUGUAGUUUGUAUAUGAAAAUUGGAAAUAUUGUUCUCAGAAACAUUUUUGUCAUAGGAGUGGUGACGUAAAAGACAAGGUCCCUAAAGAAAGGGUAUUAUUUUUCUAAUGACGAAUAAAAAGAUGACAGUGUUUACAACUUGACAAUGACAACUUAAUAAGUGAUUUUAAGAAAACUGAAGCAUAACUUGAAUUAAUUUCAGGAUGGCUUGAUUUGUUUGUUUGACAUACGUAAAGGAAGUGAGGACGACUGUCUGGACUCAGUACUUAACACAUGCUCAUCUGUGGUAUGGAAAUAGCAGUAAGCCAUUUUUAUGAGGCUAUUUAUUUGAGUUAAACCAUGGUACAGGAAAAAAAGAAAAUAGAGGGGUAAUUAAAGUUGAAAAAAAAAAAGAAUUUAUAGGGAUAACUAAAGACCUUUACAUUGUGUUCCACCAGUACAGGAACAAGUAAGGAAAGGAACAAAUAAUAAGUGUAAACAGAACAAGUAAGAAUCCCAACAAACAUAGCCCUGCUAAGAACAAAUCCAGCCAGCUGCUAGCCCUUUUAGGGUGCAGCUUGAACUUGAGGCCCUUAGAUUGUCCAGCACUCUCACUGUUUUAGCCAUUCAGCCUCCUUAUAUAGAGACAAACAACCACUUUAUUUGCCACGUUUACAAAAAACAGAAUACAUUAAAAUAGAUCAGGAAAAAACUACUCAGAAUAGCAAAAAACUAAACUAGCUGAGUAGUUACAAUAAUUAAAUUACAUUCUAUAGGGUUGAGACACACGAAAGAUAAAAAGGAAAACAACUUUAAUUUAUGAGAAAAAAUAAUAGUAAUGAAAAUGAAUAUAUUAAUUAAUUAAUUAAAAUUAUAGAGCAACACAAAACAAAAUAGUACCAGACAACUAUAGGGUUUACAUUAAUAAGGGUGAUUAUUCCAAACAGAAGGACCAGAGAAGUGUAUAUUAACUUUACCGUAAUUAGCUCUAACCUGAUCAAUAUAAUAAGUUGACUUUGAUGCUAGCCUUGUACUAUACCCAUGCUUAGAUGAUAUAAGUGAAAAGAAGUUGUUGUGAUGCAAAUGAUCAUAAAGGACCAUAAAAUCAUUUAUUCGUUUUAUUGUCCUUUUCCUCCCAGGCCCUAGUUGGUCAAUAGGAGGAUAGUGUGAUCUUGCAGGCUGCAGUUUUUCAGAGGCUGCAUAGUGCCGUUAACUGGGUCUUCCUGUUUUUUAUAUUUCACCACUACCUGGAGUAUAGAUGGCCAACAAUUAUUUAUUCAUAUUGCAUCAAGUACAUAAAUAUUACUGACAAGAUCCUUAUGUCAGUCUGACCUCCCAUCUGGGGAAGGACAUUUCUGCUUGCAACUUGUGAAGUAUUUGUGAGUUUUAAUAAUUAUUGUGUCUUUCUUUCCAGAGUCAACUUGGUUAUUUUGGACCAUCUUAUUCAAGUCUUUAUUGUGUGACCCAUAUAGAGACGCUUCAACUCUGGGAUGUACCUGAGGCAAGGCUCUUGCUUUGUAUUUUAUGGACUUACUUUGUAUUUGAAUGCCAGCUACCUGGAUACAAAAAAAGGAUAUUACUAGGAACUGCUGAUACUCAUUUAUGUGUUCACAAUCUACAAGAAAUUAUUAUAGCCUUCCCAGCUGAAUAACAGGGAAGUAUGACAGCAAUGGCAAAAAAAAUUUAUUUAAGGAGUAAAGCAACAACUUUGCGCGCAUCACGCUUUUUGGUAAAUUUCUUAGCCAUCCCUGCACUACCAAAUUUUGAGGGUGAUGAGGGAUGAGUCUGGAGAAUUUGCAUGUGGAUAUUGGAGCUCAAAGGGUUAACAAAGCUGGGAUUAAUUUAGGUUUCUGGGAAACUGCCCACCUACCCCUCUCCUAAGCCAUUAUUUUGCCCUGAGUGAGAAGUAAGUGUUAAUGUUAGCUUUGGGAAGGGGUAGGUGGGCAGUUUCUCAGAAAUCUAAAUUGACCCCAAAGUAGUAUAGGUGCUGUUUUGCUAGGUGGAGUGCACCGGGUUCAGACACUGGCUGGACCAAAAAUGCAGUCCUUAGUAGGUGAUCAUGUUUGAAUGAUAUUCACCUUUUUUUUUUCAUGUUUUUUCAGACGACAAUGACUACUGAAUUUAAAAAUCCAAGAGAAGAAAAUGGGGUACGUUUUAAACCAUAAUGCGUAGUUUUAUGCAAUGGUUGCCAUGGCGAGUUGAAAACAAAACAAGAUUGGGAAAACUUCAGGAAAAUAUAUGAGGCGAUUUAAAGUUUGGAUCUGGACUGAAAGAACCUCCAUAUCCCCUCACUCCACCCUCUUCAGAGAAACCAUUGGCCAUUUACACAUCUUACCUAGUACACCUUCAUUGUUGCCUUUCCAACUUUUGCAGAACCUUUGUUUUAAAUUUCUCCUGGGUAUAGAGAGAAGAAGUGUGACGUCACGUUACUAUGGUAGCAAAAUUUCUGGCCGCGGUUGUUCAAACGUUGGAUAGCGCUAUCCAUCGGAUAAAUCACUAUCUAGCGGAUAAGUAUUAGGGAAAACAACUGCGCUAUCCAGUGGAUAGAUUUUUAUCCUGUGGAUAGCGCUAUCCAACGUUUGAACAACCGCGGCCUGGAUCACAACACUAGGGAGUUUAAGCAACGACGACGGCGACGGCAACGAGAACGGCAAAAAAGCAAUAGGUUUAGAUUGACAAAACAACAACUUUGCACGUGCAUCACGAUUUUUUGUACAUAUCUUAGCCGUCGUUGCACGUCUGCGACAUAAAACUUCCUAAUUUCACGCGCCCUCUUUACGGAGUAGAUGAACAAAACAUAAAAUUUUCCUUUUCUUUUUCUAAACUUCGAUAGGUCCUUUCGGAUUCGACCCCAGAAACUUUCGCCAACAUUUGACAAAUUAAAUGAAACUGAAUAAGAUUGAAAUUGAAAACAAUGCGUAUGGAAAAUCUUGAGGCGGGGGAAACGAGAUGUAUUACGGAAGAUGUACAAACGGCAAAUAGGGCAUCAAUGUCCGCUCAGUUAACCCUUCUUAGAUUUAUCCUUAAGGCUUCCUUAGUUGACACUCCAUCUUCUUGAAGGUACUCUAGGGACUUCCUUAGUCGUGACCCCAAGUGCGUCCUAAUCCCCUCAUCCUAUCCACCCCACUAGGAACUACAUACCCACUUUUAUCUUUCUACGUGUUGUUCUUAUGAUAACAAUUACGCCCCGGCACUUAUUGACAUUUUGGAGAAGCGUUGUUUCGCAGUGUUGAUUGUGAUGUUGAUUUGCUUCUUUUUAAUUCUUUGUGUGAAUUUAGACUGCAGAUCGACUGGAUUACUUCAUUGACGGUAUCUAUCAUCCACUAAAAAAUCAGCUGUUUUUUGUUGGAGGAACACACAGGUAAAAAUGUUGUACUUGGAAAGGAGCCACAGUCUGUUCGCUUUCUGUUUUGGUAACCGUCUUUCUCAAGUGAGUUUGUUGGUCGCUUAACCUAUUCGUCCCUAAAGUGCUCGUAACCGCCCGUGCGGAUUCACGUCCCAUAUACCACAUGUAACGUUAUCAAUUUAAACGGUCGAGGACAACUUUGUCCGCUAAGUUGUGUGGAAUGAAGAGAACUUUUAAACCAUACCAGAAUGAGCACGAUUCAGUCAAGGAGUCCGCAUUGAAGGCAAAAAAACAUGUAACGUUGACCCGAAAAUCUUUUUUCACGGCCCACCUACUUUUCGUUUCAUCUAGUCCUAAGAUUCUAAAAGCUUUCACAAGAAAUUUUCCCACCAAAAUGAAGCCUACUAAAUACCCAGGAAAAGAAAAUGUCAAGACUGCUGUAUCACUUUAAACCUCCCAAAAUCUCGAAAUUUUGCGUUUUGCGCAUGCCCGAACUUCAGAAGCUAAUAUUUUCCAUCAGGAUCAGAAGGCCCUGUAAACGGCUUUGUGGUACGUUUUCGCUCUUUAUAGCCAGAACAUGACCAGGCGACGGGUCGACUAGCAUUAAAACGCGUUUUUCGGUGAUAUUCCCAAGAGCAAGGUUUUUAAUAAUACAUACAGUUGAACCCCCAUUAAGCGGUCAGUAAUCAAAGUUGCGAAAUAAUUGUAGGAAAAAAUUGUGAUGAAACCUCAAUUAAGUGUCCAACGCCAUUAAGCGACCGCAACACUUUUUGGCCAUCGUGGGCGAGAGUUGUCCUAUUUUUGUCACUUCUAUUAAUCGGCCAUCAAGCGCUUGAUACACUAUUAGUUUGCCUGGAUUUUUAACAUAUGAAGACGGGGAAUAUACAGAAGGUGACGGCUGAUUGUGGACCACUAAUGAUGCUUCCGUCACGUGUCUGUUUUAAUAGAGUAAAGUGAUGUUUCUGCUAAAGAUAAUAAGAACUUAUGCAACGGCGUUUUUGAGCGACGCACGUCAACCAGAAGUGGAAUUUUUCCAUCCUGGGAUAGUGGUUUGGGUCAAACUCUCGGGUGAAUCGUCUUUAUAACAGAAAAGACGCUUAGGAAGACAAAUUUGUUAGAGUCAAGGAACGUGCGUCAAGGCAUAUAAAAAGGGAGAAGGCCUCAUUUCCGGUUGACGUGCGUCGCUCAAGAACGUCUUUACUUAUGACGGACCUCUAUUUAAGCACUGGGUCAGCCUACAUUAAGGGCCGGCCAUAAGGGGCCACUUACUGGUGCCCUGAGGGUGGCCGCUUAAUAGAGGUUCAACUUUUUAGCCUUCAUUGUUAAUGUAUCAAGCGUACAGACUGCGAAAAAGGUUCAGAUCUCCCUGUGUAGGUUUAUUACCAACACAAGACGAACUCUAUGGAGACGGAAUAUUAAUAACCCCUGCAGUGUCAUAGGUGACCAAAGUUAAAAUUCUUCAAAUUUCAUCCAGUAAAGUGCUGAAAAACAAAUACGUACCGUGUGAAAGUACUGCCGAAGUGGUUGCCUUUGAAUGGUCACACCGCGAGAUUUCGUCCACAGACUCAAAAGAUAGAACUACCUCACAACACUCUGGGAGUGAAUGGGUUAACUGUCUUUUCAAAGGGUGGUAUCAUGAAUAGCGCUCUAUCCCUGCUGUGUUCCAUUUAAAGGCAAUAUCUUACUAGUUAUUUAGCUUAAGUGUAUUUCUCUGUGUCUUAUGAAAUAGUGGCCGACUUCACAUGUUCCAUGAAAAAGAUUCUAAAUUGGAGUCUGCUUGUCCACUUAUGGGAGGACAUACAGCCAUUGUGCGAUGUCUUCAAUGGGAUCACAUAGUGAGUGUUUGAUUGCUUUGUUUCAACGUACUAUACAAACAUUAUAAUAGGGGCCUUAAGCAACGAGAACGUUCCCGGACGUCACAAAAGGCAACCGGAAGUUGAUUUUUCUCUCUUUCGGUGCUAUGACCCGACAAAUUCGUACAGCGGGAGUUAAAACAAAGGCAUUUAGAUUCGUUGUGUGAGAUAAAAGUUUUCCAUCAAGUGAGACAUCGAACUUGCCAUUGCUAUUCAUGACGUCCGGGAACGUUGCUUAAGCUUACGAAUAGCGUAUGUGAGAUGGGAAAUGUAUUUGAAAGUUAGGUCAAGUAAUACGGGCAACAUUUUCGCACAACUUUUCGUGCAACAUUGUUGCGUUGCAAGUUGAAAAGGGCUGUUGCCCGUAUUACCAUCUUCGCUCUCAACUUGUCACGUAACAAAUUUUGAUGUUGCAAGUUGCGGCUCUUUAAAAAAAUCAUGCGUUGUGAUUGGUCAACAGUGUGCUUUUGUGUCAGCAAACAAAAUGGCUUGUUGACCCUCUGUGAUUUCUUUUUUUAAAUUCCUUGUCAAUGCCGUUCUAAGACCCUUCUAAGGCUAUGUAUAACUUUUUUUUUAAGACAGUUUGGUGAAAUGUUAAUUUUUUGACAUAACUCAUCCAGAGCUCUUGACCUCCGUGGCUUGUUUUUAUACUCUGGUCGACAAGUUUCCCACAGACAUGGGUGCUUUUCAAGUUCUUUGCACAAAUCUUUUCUUUGGGCCUCUGACAUUUUUUCACUAAUACAUUCACAAUCUUGGGUCUCAACAUUCUCAACCUCCACAACCUUGGCUAUGUUUACUUCCUGCCGAAGUCGGACAUGCCCGAGGUCAAGCGCGCGCUGCCCCACCAUCUUUCCCGCGUUUUUGGUGCGGGAAAAUUGACCAAUCACAAGUGUUGUGAAGUGUAGCAAGUUGUGAUACAAAUGAUAAAAUUGAAAGUUUGUUGCAAAAAGUAGAACUCAGGUCUACUUUGCGCAACAUGUUGCCACAACUGGCAACAUCGAAAUUUGUUGCGUGACAAGUUGAGAGGGAGGGUGGUAAUACGGGCAACAACGCUUUUCAACUUGCAACGCAACAAUGUUGCGCGACAAGUUGUGCAAAAAUGUUGCCCGUAUUACUUGACCUUAAGCACACGCACACAUAAAAGUUAUGUCGUUAAACUGAUCCUUUACACUCAGGCGAAGGGUGAGGGUCUUUCUAGCGCCCCAGAGUAGUGAAAAUCGCAUAAAAAGUGUAGUGCAUGUUUGUUCAUAUCAAUCGCGGGAGAAAUAACUCCAACUGACCUCCUGUAACAUGUAAAAGGUCUUUAUAUAUAAACAGUGUCAGAAGUUCCAAAGUUAACUUUAGACUCUGUGGACCAUAUCUCAGAUCCCAUGGUGUACCAUUAAUGAGACCGAUUAACUAGUUGUUCAGACUUCUUCUCUCUUUUCUUUGUUAUUUUACGCGAGGGAUUCAUGGUUGUCCGGCAUUUUGCACUGUUGUGACUGGGACACCUUUCAUCUCUGGACAAGGGCAGUGCAGCCUUCCCCACAGUCCACACAAAAACCACAACUUUUUCUAAGCGGACUUUUUAGGGCGCAGGAAGUUUUUGUUGGUCGAGACCAACCGGUCAGAAAGGAUAAACUCAGGAGAUAAACCACUUAUUCGGUUACUCUAAGAUGGCAAUGUUCCAGUCAAAUUUCGGGACGUUUUGAGCAACGGAAAGCACCCAGAUUUUUCAGUGGUUAACCUUCUCAGUCCCAGAGUGAUUGUUGGAGUCUUGUGAGGUGGAUCUAACUUUUUAGUUUAUGGACAAAAUCGUUCGAUGUGACCAUUCAAAUGAAACAGUUACAUGUACUUUUAAAUGGGACUAUUUUUUCCAGCAUUUUACAAAAUGAAAUUUCGAAUUUUUUGUCUGAUUUUCAGUGAUUUUAGCUAAGGAUCGGAGUGAAAGUGGUAAGGUACUCAGCGCCCCGAUGUAGCAACCGAGUGAAGUUUAAGAGUGUAUUUUUGGCUGCCCUCCCCGGCGCUCUUGUGUACUUUUUCUCUGUGAUUCUUAUUAUCGCUAAUCAGCCUUUGACCAUGCGUGUAAGGCAAUCAUCUGGAACAACAGCGAAGGUUGCUCAACUUUCCCGUCUACCCGUUAGUUGUUUUGGUGAAACUGCAUGGUGAGACUUGUUUCCUUUCCCAUUUCUCCAGCCUACUAUCACCAAAAGCUUUUGUGUCGACUCUUUUCCACAAGGGGUUGGGAGGUAGAAAGAUUCAGGGUUCUGCCAAAAGAAGGUGGCUAUGAGAACGAAGUUUGAAACAUGUCCCUUGUAAAAUCUGGACCAUAUACAGAGAUAGUGAAAUGUCUAUAAAUCGUGACUUUACAGACUUUUUAUAAGAAAGCAAAUCUUCCAUACUUUAACAGGCAAAAUAAUUUUAAACAGUUGUUUGAUAUCUUUAUUUCUAGAAUGUUUAUAAACUGACUGUAAGCAACGGAAAUGUGCUUAGGGAUAAAGGCUGGACUCUCUCUUGACCGCGCUUUGCUUGCUCACGUUUUUGAUAGUUGCGUAACUCUAUGACCACGUUUUUAGUUGCGUAAUUUAACUUCCUUAAUGACGUGAUUCGUUUGUUUGUAUAUCGUGUUAACUAUCUAAUCAUGUGUUAAUCGUAGUCUGAGACCAUACUCACAGGAGGAGAAGACUCUAUAAUUUCCUGCUGGAAAUCAAAAGAGGCUCAGAGUGAGAAACCUGGCAAGGUCAGUCAAGAAUUUCCUUUUAUCACUUAUCUCAGUGGUAUUUAAUAGUAUCCGGAAACGUUAUAUUUACUUUACACAUAGUUUUGAUGGGGUUAUCUGUGAUCUAAAAAUAUUUCUGUAGAGUGACCUACACCACUAUUGAAACGUAAGAUAUUUAAUUAUAAGUAGGUUAUUGGUUUCUAAUGAUGGUUUGGCUGGCUCUUCAUGUAACGGCUUAGAUUGGCGUUCGAGGUGUCGGUGAAGGAAGGAAGGGGUCAUGGAUGAGAGGACAACAGACGUGUCCUCUUUACAACAUAUAUUUAUAUCAUGUUAAUAGUAAGGUUGGAUGUCAGCAUACAAAGGCGUCCCUGGCAGCCGCUAUCGGUUCAUUUAUGAGCUUACCUACUCACCCAAGCCAUGAUGUGAAUGAUGUGGCCACACCACCGGGUUCUAAGUCCCCUUCUCUUCUCGAACGGUGGUUUGGGUUCUUUUAGGUCCCACAAGAACAGAUAAGUGUAAGUGCUACGAUUUUUGGCCCUUUUCCGAGAAGACUAGAAAGCCUAACUGUUUGCAGAUGUCAUUACAAAGGCAGCACUUUCUUCUCAGUUAUUUAAAGACCCUGAGUGUUGGCCCGGCCGUGGUUUGAACUCGCGACCUCCCGCUCAGAAGACCGGCGCUCUCCCAACUGAGCUAACCAUGUCUUAAACAAGUUGUAAUGUUGAGAAAGCCUCAGUUUUGAUCUGUUGGCUUAAUUGAUUUAUUUUCCGUGAGGUUUUCGCUCAACGACCCCUCCCCCCUUUCGAAUCACGCGAAAUGCUGUUGCGCGCUUUAGUUUACCGGCUUCUCUUACGCAACACCAAAAAGGUUAAUUGGAUUAGUUAAAGUACUUUAAGCUAGUUCCGCCAAAAUAAAAAUGUAGCGGCACAAUGUUGCCCAGAUGUGGUGAGGUGAUGUUGAUAGUCAAGUAUAAACAUCCCCUAUAAAAAAGCCAGGGUAACGUCCUUGCAAGAUGUAUAAAGAUUGUUGAGGCCUCUCAAAGCUGCCCUCCACUUUAGCUUAGCUUAGCUUUGUCAUCAACAUAAAAACUCUUGACGCUGAUGAAGGUAGAGAAAUAUAGAAAUGCGUCUCUUUACAUUUCUUGAUAAGAACGUCAUAGCUAUUAUUAUCGCAUGAAACAUGUAUGGAAUUUGGUAAAUUACAACUGAGGACGUUUCGUGACUUUGCCCAAGGGAUGGUGGUAUUACCGCAGCGGACGCCCGACUACACGUGACAUCUUCGAAAUAUAAGAAUUUUCUGUCCGUGUGGUCCGUUUGGAUGUCAGUGAAUCUUUCCACAUUUCAUUACCAGGAUUACAGAAACCACUCAGAUUACUAGGAAAUAUUAUCUUCCAAAAAGGGACUUCCCCACGUGCAGUGAGUUCUUGAAAAUUACUGGCGUCCUGAACAACUUUACUUACGGAAUGUAGUUUAGCCGGUCCUAUACGUUAUGUUGAACAAAACCGUCUGGAAGGGAGAUGGCUGCUAGCAUAUAUAUAGAUAUUUUCCUUUUCAUUUUUUUAUUUGUCACUUAGUAGUUCCUUGCUUAUAGUGUGUCUCUCAGACCACGAGUCUUGAUAUUAGAUUUGUGAAAUAAAUUCGACGUAAGAACAGCGUAUUUCUUCGAAUUUUCGUUAUUUUUCACUUGAGACUUGUCCUUUUCUGGUAGCCUGAAAAGCCCCUUUAGCAUGUUUAUUUUCAGAAGUUAAACUUGGCAAAAGGGUGGCUCAUCAAAUUAUAUCUUUUAUGAGGAAGUUUAUGGAGAAGUGGUUCCACUAGAGAGAAGAUAUAGCACAAGCUACUUGCAGCAAUCGCCAGGGCGCGUCAAUUGUUAUAUAACACAAGAAUCCUAAAUGGAUGUCGAUAGACUCUAUCUUACUCUAUUGUCAUACGUAUAUAUAAGUGGCUUCGCAAAAAACUCUUAUUGAGAAACCAGAUUUCAUUCCCGCCACGAAUUAAAGAAUAAACUAUGCAAUAAACAUCCGGACACAUAGGAUCGACAACAAUUUGUAACAUUGAUUCCGUGAUGCUCGUAAAUCUGCGGAAGUAUUUUUCCAAAUACAAUUGUUAAUCUCGAAGUAAUGUGAUAAUUUUUCCUUGUAUACCAGGCGCCAGUCGGGUUUUGUCUGCAUAUCAGCAGCGUUCAUGGCGUUAUAUAACUGGAUGUUAUGUAACGGCCGCUUUAGACACACCCAAGUUAGCAAGCAGUAACAAGAAACAAAAACCAAACCUAAGCUAACUUUCCCCAUCGCAAAAAAAAAAAAAAGAGAGAAGAAUUAAAACUAGAAAAAUAGUUCAAAUUGAACGCUUUGUUUGUACAAGCUUUAGUGCAACGUAUCAUUCAUUGAUCAAAAAGUUCUAUGGUUAUGACGCAAGCAGGGAGGUCGCCUUAAGGUUAAGCUCAUAGCAUGGUUCCUCGAAAGACGGUUAAGUUCAACCCAGGGUUAAGCCAAAUUUUAAGGAAAGUUCUCUUGACCAGGGACAUGUAACUGGGAUAGGAUUUGUUAAACCAUAACGAUACUCUAAACAAUCAAUAGCAUGGUAAAUAUAAUCGUGGAUUUAUUUUUAAUCCCCGAUGAGCGUCAAUCCUUCUCUAAUUAAGGUGUUUUAGGCAUUUUGGUUUUUUGAUUCCUAAUUAACUUGAAUCCCCAAAGAUAAAAGUACGGUAUAUAUUUCGACAGACUUCGGCUGUCAAUGAGUAAAGAACAUUUCCGAGGAGGCUUGACCACAUUUCCGUGUGCGCUACCGACUGCAUCAAAGUAUGGGUGGUGUUUUACCGUGUAUUCCCAGGCCUGAUUUGUCUAUCACUUGGUCACUUUUUUAUUUUUUUUGUCUUUUCUAUGCUUUAAAAACUUUGUUUAAAACAUUUUUCAUACCAAGAAGGUGUUCUUUAUUUCGUCAAAGUGGUUCAGAGAGGAAGUUCCGAAUGUCCUAGCGGAUUCCAACUUAUGUUCGAUCGGUUGCGGUUAGGGUGCUCUGCCAAAGUGCUUCAAAAGAACGCAUAACACGCGUGGCCACUUAAUUUCAAACCAGGUGUACUGUAACUGCUAGGAUUAGCAGAGUUGAAAGCAUGCUAUAAUUAACAACAAUUCAGUAUUGAAUGAGGCUAAGUAUGAAGAAUUAUGCAGAUCGAGGAGAAUGUUGUCCAAUGAGGCCAAAGCCUACUUCUUGGCAUGGUUUCAGGAUGUAAAUAAAGAAGUAGGUAACAUGCAUCGAGCAAAAUAUUUUGUGUAUUCUUUCAUUUCUUCCGUUCAGUUUUAGUCAGAAGUUCAGCUAUUUCGUCUUCGAAUAUUCGUGAACGCCAUUUUUUGUUUACUCGUGAUUAAACAUCCAGGACUCCGAUCCCGGAAACGAGGUAGAUCAAUAUGAUAUUUGCCUGCAAACGAGGCUGCUUGUGCAAUACACCGUUGAGUCGAAUAAAAUCGGGCGAUUUGAGCUAAUCAGGAACGGCGGAAUAUUUUGAACGAAUAUCAAUGAAAUAUGAAAAAUUUUAACCUGAAAUAAUUUACCCAACUUAAAUUUACUAUGUUUGCCUUUGUCCCGUUUUCUCUAGUUAAAUUUGAAUUAUAAAGAAAAUUUUUUUCAUUUAUUCGGACGAACACAGAGUCCCUUGAUGCCCUGCACUCCGUUUGAAAGUCACGUGCCUUAACAAACUGGAAAGUUGUGUUUUAUUUCUGUGAGAAUUUCAUGUGAGUGAAUUACUACAAAAUAAAUUCCCUCGCGGGCGGUAGAAUGGACCAAAAAUUAUACAAAUACUGCUGGAACCGCAGGCGAGUGCAGUUUGAAGAAUUGCGACUUCAGUCUAAUGCCAGUGCGUUUGCUUGCCGGUACUGAAAAAUGAUAGAAGUCUUGACCAAUACAGGAGCCCAUGACUGGGCCCCUGACCAAUAGCAGUCUCCUUCGAAAAGGUGACAAAAUUUAAGGACCAAGAACAACAACCGGAACAGCAGUGAAAAAGUUAAAAGCGCUCUUAAGCAAACCGAGGUACUACAAAACUAUGUUUUCAACCAUCAAAGUACAAUUUCUGUUUUCAUAAAAUGUACAGUGACGAGGAAGAAAGUUUCAUUUUUGGAGCCUCCCGGUCAGACAAAAAGAAAGACUGAUCUUGAACAGCACCCAAAUAUUAAUUUUUCCUCCCGUAUGAGAGCACUGUUGGGAGUCAGUCAGUUGGAGAGAUGUCACCAUCCUGACUUUAUUUUGGAACAGGUGUUUCCCCGAGUUCUGUAUAUAUUAAGUAGUGUGUUAAUGAUGAUCGACUUUUAUGUGUUCUCCAACAAACCUAGAGACGCGGUUUAGCUUGUUGAUACUUAUACUCCGUUUUAUUGUUUGGUGUUUUGUUCCAAUAUAAGGAAAAGUAAAUGUUUUGACGAGAUUUAAGGAGACUCGCUUUAAUACGGCGACUUUCUAUUAACGUUGCUCUACUGUAUUGUUUCCUCUUUGUUCGUGGUUGCUGAGAAUCAGUGUCUUUUCCACUAAUGACAGGACCAAUAUUUUGCCGCUUAAGUUAAAUAACAAAAUUUCAAAAAUUUAAAAUUUGCUGAAAUUAUCGAUAAAGGAAGCUAAUUUUAACUCAGUGUGAAUGAAAUAGUAAAGAUAUUGAUAACGUUUUACAGUAUUUCCGUUUUUGUGGUGGCGGCAAGUGGAAAGGGAGAGAGUCUCUGUACUCAAAAUCCGGAAACACAGGACUGAUUGAAUCUUUUCCCUGAUCCAAAGUUUACGUAGCUUUUAACGCUGUUGAUAUAAAGUUAAAAGGUACCUUAGUGUUCGAUGGAGCUUUCACUAUCAUCGAUAGAAUGUUUAUGUUUUUUUCCAACCGUAUAGACCAGUAUUGACUGGUAAGGAAAGGAUGUCAAGAGAUAUCAUCUGCUUCCCAGAUUUAAGAGGACUUAAUUAGAACUUUUACCAUUUUGUUAAUGUUUUCGUAUCUCCUCGAGGACGCUCUUAAGAGUAUCGAAAAUGCUAAAUACCUAUCAAAGAAGGGGGUGAAUAGGCGAACGGAUCGGCGAAUUUUGAAAAUAUUUUUGCCCGGAUUUCGGAUUCAAAGCGAUAUUUUAACGGAUUCCAGAUCCUGCAAUUGCAGCGGAUUGCAGAUUCAUCUUUUUUUUGGGCGCGGAUUUUGGACUUUACGUGUAAUUGAUAUAUUUUUGCCCGGAUUUCGGACUCUCGGCGAAAAUGGAAGGGCGGAUUUGGUUAAUAAAUCAUAACGGCUCGGCGGAUUUGUAUACCCCUAUUCACCUUCCUCAUCAAACAUACACACUACUGUCACUGUGUCAUGCGUUGUACAGAUGUUGUGAAUAUUCUGUGCAUUUUAUUAGGAAGUAUACUAAGUUUAACGUAACAUUGGUACUAUUUGCCAAGCGUAUUAUUCUCUCCUUUAAACAUAUUUUAUAUUAUUACAAACUGAAUCAUUCGAUAAUGCAGUUCUAGAGCUCUGAUAGGCUUAGCCAUCAUGGUAUAUUUAACAAUUAUUCCUCGACCCCGAAUGGGCUCUGAGUCAAUAGCUCAUGAGGCCGAAAGGAAUAAUUGUUUUAUUGAAAUCCAACUACAGUGAAACCUCUAAUAAGCGGACACCUUCGGGACCUUCCCAAGUGUCCGCUUGACAGAGGGCGUCCGCUUAAUAGAACUUUGUACAGAUUGCGCAAUUUUUGUUAACGGUUAACAUUCAACGGUUACUCUGUGCUGUGAUAAAGUUUUAUUUUGUUAAGGAAGCUUAGAAAGCUGUGCUGUACUUUGUGCGAUACUUUUAGGUGAACUUUGAUAGCGGAUAUGCGGAUGACAAUCAUACGGCCGGAUAUCGAGAGCUAAAUGUAUUGAUUUAUCUUUAUAAUCGACUACAGUACGUAUUUCAAGGACGUAAUCCAAAACUACUAUGUCGAUUCAGUCCGGUGUCCGCUUAACACAGGUUUUAAACAGUAGAAAUUAACCAAAUACAAUUUAUUUUAGCGUCCGCGUCUGCUUAAUAGAGGUGUCCGCUAAAUAGGGCUUCGUCAUAAAGGGAAAUAUAAGACGUUAAUUUCGGGACCCGGCUUAGUGUUCGCUUAAUUGGGGCUCCGCUUAAUAGAGGUUUCACUGGCUUUCUUAUUUCACCGAAAUAUCGAGACAAAACAACUUUAGCUAGCAAAACGCGAUUCAGCCGCCAUUGUUUUGGUUUUCAAAGCUUACUUUUCGCUACUUGUGGGCUAUAACUUAUAGACUAGUAGUAGCUCAACCAAUCAGAACGCAGCAUUGACAAUAGACCAUUAGUUGGAUUUUCUAAGAGCCAUUAUACCCGAAAAUCGAAUUAAGUCGGGAAGAAUUCUCGAUAUUUUGUGGGCGUUUUUAUUAAACGCGCCUCGUUGGCUAUCUACCAUCUUAUAUCCAACGCGCACUCGUGGAAUAAUUGUUAAAUAGCCAAACCAACUGUGAAGUCUAUGGAACUCGACAGACAACUCUCAAGAAAAAAAAUUAAGUCGGCUGUCACUAAUAAAGGGAAGUUUGACGUUUACCUUGGAUUUACUGACCUUGCCGCGCGUAUCUAUCAAUGCAUCGUGUUAACCCACUUACUAACAUACGACAUCUAAUUACCUAAUGUAUCAAAAGGUGCUAAAACAGGAGAUUGUAACCUCUACCUUGGAUAUACGUUCUGCCAAGGUCUGAACAUGCAGGCAAACCCAAUUACAUGUAAUUCCAUACUUUAACGCUUAUAAAUAAAUCUAUUUAACCUGGCUAUUUUUAAAUCCUGGCAUUUGUUAGUCUGUUUUUUUUUUUUUGGCAAGCUCAAACAUCGGUGGUUUACCUGGAUUGACUUUUUGCUAUUAGUUGACCGCUUUUUCUCAUGAAUAUGCGAGAUUUGUCGAAAUUGGAAACUAUAAGACCACAUAUGGUAUAUCAUUUGUAAAGGAACAACUGCCCAUUGUCCCUUCUGAAGGCUUUCUCAUUAACCAAUCGAAAUUGAAGAAUUUGUCUGGGGUUCGAAGAGGACUAGAUGGAAAAGAUAUUACAAAUGUGUCCUCAUGAACACGAAAGGUACUCUCAAAGAGAGUUAGCAAACAAACCUGGCACCCUUUUUGUACAAAGAAGUAGGGCUCGAAAUAUUUUUGCUUCACGAACUCACAUUCAACGAGAACCUCAAAAUUCACUUGGCGACUUACAAAAAGAGUCGGCAAAGGUUGACGUAUUUAAGAAAACGAUAAUAGAGAGCAGAAUGUCAGGGGAGAGAUGAGGAAAAAGUUUUAAUAAAAAUAGGAAAUAACGGCAUUAUAGCCCCCGUUAUUAAAGGGUGACUAUCACACAGGUAUUUAUUCCCGAUGAUGCCUGCGCCCAACAAAUGCUCGUCCUCUCUUCGUCUUAAUCUUGUUAACCCGUUCUAGCCGACUUUGAUUUUCGGCGAGCUAUUUUGAAAAUGUUUUAUUAGACUGUUGACAUGAGAGGUUCACUUUGAUUAAAAUUGCACGGCUCUUGUUCUGCAUUUGGUUUCCACUUUCUUGUUUUAUCCCCAAGUUUUUCUUUUUCAUGAAGUUUCCUUUUUUUCUGUCCGAAAGAAAAAAACGCGUUGUCCCUGCGUGAAACGGUGGCUCAAAGAACCAUAUUCUUCGGCGUGCCACAUCAUGCUUAUCUUUUUGUUUGUUUUGUCGGUUUAUUUUUUUUCCGUAAGAAUGUUUUGCCGAUUUGAAAGUUUGCCAAUUUCUUUUUGAAAAAAUUGCCACUUUUAAUUUCAUACUACGUGCACGCUAACGAAUGACCAUGUAUAACUCAUAAAUGUUCAUUUGAACUACGUUUGUGCCUUUAUUUUGAGUCUGUGCGAAUGUUCGUAGUUCUGAAAUCACUGUGAAUGUAUAGUGUGGGCGGUCAGUAAAGAUUCCACCUCGUACGAUACUGACGUUUAAAAGUACCGCAUUUUCAUAAACCUUAUUACAUUGGGCUGAAGCCGUCUUUAAUAAAAUGGGGAGAGAAAAGAAUUUAUCUACAAAGUUAUUGUGGAAUCUAUUUAUUUAUUUUAUUGUUUUGUCAGGCUACCUCAUGUUUUGCGGAUAACUUAAAACUUCACGGAAAUAAACCAUACAAUAAGCCAAGUAACCGGAAAUCGUGACCGAUCUUCUGAUGACAGCACUAAAGAAGCUGUAAAGGAGAAACACCCACGAAGAAUGGAAAAUUCUGCUCUGAAAAUCAGUUAUUUCAGCCUCCACAAGCAGGAACGAAAACAAAGGAUGGUCUAAAGCAGAGUAAUUGGUCUACAAAAUGACCCCUUUCAUGAUCUUAAGCUGCCAUACUUACGGUUGGAAUUCGGAAUUUUCCGGCUACGUGUUUACAUCAGGAAACUGGCCACCCGAUCGAUGACGAUCUCUUUAAGGCGCGGAAAGGUUAAAGCGGAUGGGUCACACUGAGUUUGCACGCUUCUGCAAGGAACGAACAUAGAGAAUUGAACAAAAUUUGAUAUUAUUCAACCUUGAAUUCUCACGAAGCCGGCAAGUUCAAACAUUUACAUUCGUGACUUGCGGGUAGUAUACGUGCUCAAACAUUUUCGUCCUGAAAGGUUUCUUUAAUUGGUAAACAGUAGUCAUGGGAAAUUGGGACCGUGAGAAAACGAAGGACAGAUCACUUUCGUUAACAGAUUCUCAUUGUGUGGGUUUGUCAUUGCGUAGAAACUGCCUUUGGCAGAGAUAAAGGUAGAGAUGAAUCUCUCUGCUUUUGAACAAACGUUUCCGGUCAACGACUGAGAGAGGUUUAUUGCAUGAGGUGCCCGUAGGUAAAAUAUAGGAGAGAACGAGCAUGCAAGACAUUUUUAAAAUCAAUAAUUGCUGAUCAAUGAAGGUUGCCGUUUGCUCUUGUGUAAUGUCACUUGGAAUGUUAAUACAGCAACAUGUUGAACGAGAAUGAAGACAGGCUCUGUUGCGUUCAACAAGUUACAACAUGUUUUAAACAACAACAUCGUUCGGCGUUUGUUGAUCAACAAAUGUUUAAGAACGCUCAGCCAACUGUGCGUAGUUGGCAUUAAAGCGUUGCAAGUUGAAUUGUAGAACAACAACAAGUAAUCUAGCCUGGGAGCAAGCUCUCUGUAGAAUUCUAGGACAGGUGAGAUUAAAAUUUUUUCUGUCCCCCUACGCCCAGAGGGCUUGCUUGUAGUCAAUACGUAAUUGAAAGCAGUAGUAUGGAAUUAAAACAAAGUGUCAUGAGACAUCCGCUAGGCCCUUAACUCUGUGUGUUUGUUUUUCUUGCGGUUUCAUCUAACUUCUUUAUUAGCUUUAUAUUACUUACCAC